AUGGAUAAGAUUCUUGAAGCCAUUCUGAUGUCCUCCUACCCCGAUCACAUGAAACAAGGGCUGGUGAGGCGAGUCAUAGAGGCUUCGAAGCAGUCGAUGGACAGCGAGCAGUGCUGGCUGAUGCUUGAGCUCUCGACCAAGCUUUUCCUGGUGGGCGACACCAAGUUCAAGAGGUCCGUCGGCAAAGAGGUCCUGGAAGCCUACGGCCAUUACCACCGGGAAGCCUUUGAAGAGUUCUUCAACGCCCGUUUCCUCCUGAGCCUCUUGCAAGAGGGUUAUGGGCCUCUCGGGAAGAGGAGCGUUUACGUGCUGGAUUAUAUCCACCUGGGGCUGCCCUUUGUCUCGGACGGCCCCUCAGCCAACGACAUCUUCAGCCUGCUCAGGACGGAGGUUCUCCGGAAAGUCUGCGAGAGGCCGGGCCUGAAGCAGUGUGUCAGAAUCAGCAAGCUCUUAACCCAGUACCCGCAGUGUAUCCCCAUGGGCAAGCGCCAAGCCCUCUUUUGCCAGCAGCUUGUAAGGUGCAUCGGGCAGUUCCGUCCUGCCUCGGGAAGGGAGGAGGCCAUUGUCGACUUCCUGGACCAGGUGAUCAAAGUCAGCGCCUUGCUGCAGAAGAUCUGGAAGACUCAGGUGUCUUCCAUUCUCCCGUCCCUGAAAGAGCUCUUCACUAUCAUCUCUUCGACAGAUGAGCAGGACCCUCCAUCGAUUGCCUUAGCCAGCGUGGUCCAGUAUGUUCCCCUAGAACUCAUGGAUGGUAUCCUUAGAAACCUCACCAACGACGACAGCAUAACGGAUGUACAGAUGAUGAUGGCAAUUGGCAGGAUGAUUGAAUGGGUGUCUUGGCCUCUGGGGAAGAACAUAGACAAAUGGAUCAUAGCGUUGCUGAAGGGUUUGGCUGCGGUGAAGAAGUUCAGCAUCUUGAUUGAAAUCACGCUGUCCAAAAUUGAGAGGGUGUUUUCCAAGCUGCUGUACCCCAUUCUGCGGGAGGGAGAACUCUCUAUCCUGCGUUAUAUGCUGUUGAGCUUCCAGCACUCCCACGAGGCAUUUCACUUGCUUCUCCCACACAUCCCGAGGGUGGUUGCUGCCCUCCACAAGGAAAACUCCAACUCUGCGGCGAGCUGCCUGGAACAGCUGGCUGAGCUAAUCCACUGCAUGUUCUUCCGGUUCUCAGGAUUCCCAGAUCUCUACGAACCUGUCGUGGAGGCGAUAAAAACUCUCCCGAUUCCAAAUGAAGACCGAAUCAAAUAUCUGCUCGGACAGAACGCCUGGACUUCCCAGAAGAACGAACUGGCCAGCUUUUAUCCUCGACUGGCUUCCAAAUCUGAAACGGGGAAAAUAGGGUUAAUCAACCUGGGGAAUACCUGCUAUAUGAACAGCAUAAUCCAAGCACUCUUCAUGGCCUCUGACUUCAGGCGUUCAGUGUUGAGCUUAGCCGAAAACAGUUCCCAGCCCCUGAUGGCGAAGCUGCAGUGGCUGUUUGCCUUUCUAGAGCACAGCCAGCGGCCUGCCAUCUCUCCCGAAAGCUUUUUCUCUGCUUCCUGGCCUCCCUGGUUCACAAGAGGAGCUCAGCAGGACUGCUCCGAAUACCUCAAGUACCUGCUCGAUCGGCUUCAUGAAGAAGAGAGAACAGGAAGGCGAAUCUGCCAGAAGCUCAAAGAGUCCACACUGAUAUCUCAGGCUGAGCAACAGCAGCCAGCAAACAAGACUUUAAUUGAAAAAAUGUUUGGGGGCAGAAUUAAGACGAAAAUCCGAUGUCUGAAGUGCCUGAAAGUCUCCUCCAGAGAAGAAGCCUUCACAGACCUCUCCUUAGCUUUCCCACCAGCUGAUAAUCAUGUGCCUAUAGCCAGUAGCAGUACCUCUCUUUUACCGGUAGAAACUUUGGGGCCUGGAAUUCAAGAGACUCCUUCCCCCCCGAGAGCUGAGCAAGACGCUACCGGCGCAAAGCCCGACGAAGAUUCGGUGUUGGCUCUGAGGGAGCAAAUUCGUGGGCCCACAGCCUCCAGAUCCGUCCCUGACCUGAUAAAUUAUUUCUUAUCGCCCGAGAUGCUGACGGCAGAGAACCGCUAUCACUGUGACAACUGCGCUUCCCUUCAGGACGCGGAGAAGCUGGCCGAACUGACGGAGGGGCCUCACUACCUCAUCCUCACCCUGCUGAGGUUCUCCUUUGACCUGAGGGCCAUGAGGAGGAGGAAGAUCCUGGACAACGUCUCCGUCCCGCUGGUGUUGAAGCUUCCGGUCCUGGCGUCCUCGGAGGAGCCGAGCGGCGGCGCGAACCCGCCACGGAGCACCUCGGCACGCAAGGCCUUCGCUUCGGUGGUGUACGACCUCUGCAGCGUGGUGGUGCAUUCCGGGGUCUCCUCAGAGAGCGGCCAUUACUACUGCUACGCCCGGGAGUGCGAGGACGCGGCGGCCGAAAGCAACCCGAAGGAUGCCUCUCGGAGCGGCGCCCCAGAGAAACCUCCGGACGUUGCGAUCCAGUGGUACCUCUUCAACGACACCAGAGUCUCGUUCUCGUCUUUCGAGUCCGUCAGCAACGUGACAUCCUUCCUACCCAAGGACACGGCUUACCUGCUGUUCUACAGGCAAAGGGCGAGCCAGUCGAGAGACGUGGGGCGUGGGGCCACUGGAGAGUCCGGCCGGGUGAAUGGAGACCUGCAUUCUCCAGACAAAAGCCUGAUGGAAGCCAUUUCGAAGGAUAACAUCCUGUACUUGCAGGAGCAAGAAAAGGAAGCCCGAAGCAGAAGUGCCUACAUCUCGGCCUUGCCCAAAUCCCCUCUGUGGUGGAAAGACUUUGAUGGGGACGAUGACGAUAGCUCUUCGGGGGGUUGUGGGCACGACCCCGGUGGAGGAGGGUCAAGCUCUUUUCACGGACUCGUCUUCUAGCCAUUGUUGACCCGACACAAAAUGGCCGACACUGUCACCACCAAGCAAGGCUCUACUGUGCUCAACGAUCCUUUGGCCUUUUUAAACUUCUUAGCAACAGGAGAGCUAGGCCCACCGUGGCCGAGACAGAGCACCACAACCGUUUGAACGGCCUGGCCCUACCGCUCCACGGAAUUCUGGGAAAUGUAGUUCUCUGAGGGGUGCUGAGGAGGGAAUUCUCCGCUCCCUCACAGAACUACACUUCCUAGGACCGGCAGAAAGACUGAAUUCAAAGUGUACUGAGGUACUUGCGAAAGGGUGGGAAAUCCUUCUGCGAAACCCGAGAGGGGUGUCUUUUCAGGGAGGACAGUGCAGCAAACUGGACUCGUAGGCAUUUCUACUGACAGGAACCCUUGCCCUGAGAUACCUUUUAAAAGCGGAGCGGUGGGGUGUUCUGAACCCC